GGACUGGAAGGAGCGCCAGAGAUAAGCCAGGCUGACCAGCUGGGAAUCCGCGGCCUGGUGGCAUGUGGAGCCGAGCGAGAGACGGAAUCGCCGGCGGGGCCUCCAAAGCCACCGUGGGCCCCGCGGAGGGCUUGCAAAAGCAGCCGUAAACUUCCUGUUCAGCGUUGCCUCUAGGACCUGGAAGGAACCGAGAUGCCGAGGCUGCAAGGAGGAAGAACAAGCGCCACCAUAACCGGGGUCUGAAGUCGGGCUCGUUCGGGCAAAUCCAGGCUCUUUUUUUUUUUCCCCCUCCCGGACCUCGGCAGCCUCCGCUUCUCCCAGCGCCGGCAGAGAGAUCCCUGCCUGCCGGCCGCCUGCUCUAGCUGGAGGCUUCCUUUUUGUGUCCGACAAUCGCAAGGAUUUCCUAUCUUAAAGUCUAAAUUAAGAUCUAGGAUGGAGAAGGAGGAAGAAAUACAAAAUCCAGAUUCCCAGAGCACUGGAGAAGAGACAGUGAGAAAUGAAACCAGUUCAGAAGUUACUGUUGCCGGUGACAAGGUGGCCUCUGCGGCCGUCACUGUGGCCACAGCUGCUGUAGCUGCUGUCAAGACCGUUGUCGGGAUCCAGUCACAACUUUUCAGCCGUUUGGCUACCCGUCGGACGUUUCUGCCCCGCCAUCGUCGUGACCUAUUGGAGCUUGAGCAGAUGGUGGAAAAUGCAGCUGCCGUGCGCCUCCGAGCAGUGGUGGAAACCAGCAUUGACUCUUUGCGCGCCAUGAUGUGUUCGUGCCUCUUCCAGUCCCCGGCGGUUCUUGCUGGACUGAUAGACGAACUCUACAUCAUGGAGCGGGCCUUCUGGGUGCAGCCGGGUCGCUCCGAAUGGUGGGAAAAGGUGGUGCUGCCCCAUUGGGAUGACCACCUUUGGCAGGAGAACUUCCGGAUGAGUCGGCAGACUUUCAUGGAGCUGUGUGACAGAUUGAGGCCAGUUCUUGAACGUCAGACAACCAACAUGCGGGCCCCCAUUACUGUUGAAAAACAGCUGGCCAUAGCCAUAUGGAAGCUGGCCACCCCAGAUAGCUACCGCUCGGUAGCAGAGUGUUUCGGCGUUGGGCGCUCCACUGUCUCCAGGAUAGUCAUGGAAGUUUGCCAAGCUCUUUAUGAUGUCUAUCACCAUGUGGUUCUUCUGACCAAGCCCCGCGAGGUGAUAAAAGGCUUUUCAGCCAAAGGUUUCCCUCAUUGCAUUGGGGUGAUUGAUGCAACCCACAUCCCUAUCAUUGCUCCUGCUCACCGAGCCAUGGAAUACAUCAAUAGCCGAGGGUAUUACUCGAUGGUUCUGCAGGCCCUGGUGGAUCAUGAAGGCAAAUUCAUCGAUGUGUAUGCUGGGCGAUCUGGGAAAGUUCAUGAUGCCAGGAUCUUUCGCAGCUCCCCCAUCUUCCGGGCCAUGAAUCAAGGCACUUUCGGUCCUAACACUACAAUGGACAUAGAGGGAGAGCAAGUAAAGCCAGUCAUUUUAGGAGACCUUGCUUACCCUCUUCUGCCAUGGCUAAUGACUCCUUACAGCGGCCAGUUGGACUCCCGAAAACAGCUCUUCAACAGCACACUUGGCCACUGCCGGACAGUGGUGGAUUAUGCCUUUGAGCGGCUCAGGGGCCGCUGGCGGUGCCUCCUCUCCCGCCUCGAUGUGCGAGAACGCUACGCCCCGCGGGUCAUUGUAGCCUGCUGCAUUUUGCACAACAUCUGUGAGAGCAAAGGGGAACCUCAGCAGGAAGGGUGGGAAGAGGUGGUGAGGUCUGUGUCAAGAUCUUACCAGCAGCCAGAAAGACAGCUGAUGUACAUGUCCAACCCACAUGCCCGGGAGAUCAGGGAUCUUUUUAGCACAUACUUGGAAAGGAGAGAACAGGAAAAGUAGGAUAAAUGGUUAUUUAUCCUCCUCUGCACACACAUAUACACACACCAAAAAAAAAAAAAAAAAGAACAACCCUUGGAACAGAAGUUGGGGAAAGGAUAGCAGGCAUUUCUCUGCCUCUUUUCUGAAUACAAAUAGUCCUCGACUUACAACCAUUCGUUUAGCAACCAUUCAAAGUUAUAAUGGCCCUGAAAAAAGUGGCUUGCGACUGGUCCUUGCACUUAACAACUGUCGCAGCAUCCCCAGGUGAUCAAAAAUUGGGUGCUUGACAACUGGCAUAUAUUUACAACAGUUUUGCAGGGUCCCAGGAUCAUGCGAUCCCACCUGACGCCUGGCAAGCAAAGUUAAUGGGGGAAGCUGGACUUUGCUUAUUCAUUGAACAAUUCCAGUGAUUCGCUUAAUAACUGUGGCAAAAUGGUUAGAUUUGGAAAUGACUCAUCUUUGGCAUUUAACAAUGGAAAUUCUGGCCCCACUUGUGGCUGUUAAGUCAAGGAGUAUCUGUAAGUUGUUAUUACUAGGGUUAAAAUGCAAUUGAUCACUUCUGAUAGUAGGUGGCCAGUUUAUCUUGCUCCUCCUUGACCGAAGCAGGUGGCCAAGGCUGUCUUCUGCCUCUGGGUUUCCUGUUGCCUUCCUGCGGGUGGUGCUCCUGCCUAGAAAGCAGCAACCUUAAUGCUGCACCUUUCUUAUUAUCUAAGGCUGCUGCCUUUACAGGCAUCAACUACCCAGGUUAGCAUAAUGUGCCCUAAGACACUGUUUAUUCAUUAUAGUUGUACUAAUGUUGUACUAAUUAGUUGUACUAAUUGCACUAAUCUGGCCAACUGUGGUUUAUUCUAUAAACCACACUUGGCCAGAUUAGUACAAUGUACCAAAACCAAAGAAACCAUCUUUUGGCCCAAUGCAACAUGCAAACCCAACAUCUUUGCUGGGGUUGGUUUCAGGUUUGAAGGUGGGAAGCUCUGGAAAGAGCUUUUGAAGAAUGUUGCCUUCCAUUCGUGGACUUCACUAGCAGCAGCCCUCUGAUUGGUGCUGGAAGUUGCCCUUUGCAUUUCCCAUAAUUCCCUCGUAGAAUGUCGGUCCUUUGGCGUUGUGGUAUAUUUUAAAAUGGCAGCUCCCAUCAUGGGAUGGAAGUUAGAAAAUGAAUGAAUAUUGUGUCUUUUUUUUCUCCACCACCCCAUUCCUGCCAACAUGUCUUAUAAAGAACAGACCAGAGGCUGUUCUGGUCUACCCUUGGUUCCCAAAAUGGUCAUUUAGGUUCUUACCAAAAGCUACUUCUAGAGCCUGAAGGAACCAUCUAAUCACUAUAGUAAGGAGCUGUUGUUCAUCUGAUGUCCAUGAAUGUGUAUAUGUUUACUUUAAACCUCUCCAGGUUGGCCCCACGUCUAUGGGGAAUGAAAUCCUUCCCUGUUACUCAAAAACACUGCAAAAGGCAAUCCACAAUUUCCUUACGGUCAGGAAUCAGUGCUAAAUUACUGACCUACAUCUUGAAAAAUCACAUUUGCAUAUUUUUACUCAAAACUCUUGAGGCAGUUUACUCUCUUUCUCUCUCUUACUUUCAGACUCUGUGUAGGGAGGAAUAACCCUGAUGGAUUUGGCAGGCUUUUUGUUGGGAUUACAAAACAAUUCACAUUGCAAGAUUUGAAUGUCCUGAAAUCAGGGAAGUAGUCCUAGCUAUUAUGUAUCGGAAUAGAAUGCAAACAGAAAAGAGAUAAUUUGCAUUGUGGUGAUUCAUGUCCCCAAAUGAAGGCUCAGUACUUAGAGCUUUGUUUCCACCCUAUGUUGCCCUCCUUUCUACCUCUCUAAUUCUUCUAUCCAAACCAGGCAUAUGCUAUAGGUAAUAUGAGACACUUGACUGGACCUUCAGACACAAUCUAGUCCCAUGCUCCUACUACUUGUUUUAAAAUUGCAUCCAGUUUACUUAAUUGCCUGCACAACACACUCAUAAAUAAAUAUGAUAUUUUAAUAAAUCACGUACCUUACAGAGUUGUUGCCAAAAAUUAUAGACAUGAAUUAUAUGGAGUAUUCUGACUAUACCCCUCAGCUUGGCUCAAAGCUUGGAGCUGCCAUUACGUUUACUCGAGAAUAGACAUUUUCUUUGCCUCAAAUUCCAGGCCUUUCAUCUUCCAAGCCACUGUAUGAUGUAUCUCAUUUUUGUCCCAUUAUCCAAGGGGACAUUACACAAAUUCCCUUGAGGUUAUUUAACUUGGGAUUUCUGAUCAAUUUUGCUUGAAAACGGGUGUCAUUGUUUGGAAGGAGAGUUCCAUUUGACCAUUGAAUACCAGGAUAGGAAUGUCACUCAGAAAGUAGCAGAGCAGGACAAAAACAAUCUGAUUUAAUUCGUAAUAAUACAUUUGUAAUCAUUUUCACCUGCUUCAUAGUUGCCUUUUCUUAUUACAGAUUGGCAACCCAGUUGGGACUGAGGUUGUCUCUUAAAAAUAGAUAGCGUAAUGAUUAGUGGAAGAGAAGGAAUUAGAUAAUUAGUAGCUCAGAUAUAGAAUAAGAGAGUAAGUAGAAAAUACAGAAUUAGGAAGAUGGGCAAAAGGAGCAAAUAUGAGAAAGGAAACAUUUAAAAGACCUAGGAAAGGAGCUGCAUGGUUGGAAACUUUUAAGCAAUAUUUAAGAGAGCUGAAAGGCCUCUAUUCCUGUUUGUUGUAAAUCUCAUAGCCAGACUGUUUGAACUGCUUCAAAUCCAGAAUCUGAUUGGAAUGAUUUCCAAUCAUUCAAUAAUGAUUGGAAAUUUUAAUCCAACAGAUUUGGAGGGUGCUAGGAGAACUGCUUUACAACAAUUGUUUUGUUCUCAAGUAUACAAUUUUGGAACAUAUGAUAUCGGUUUUAAUGAAGCACAAAAUUCAUCAAACUGGAAUUAGUAGUGUUUUCUAUGUGGCUGGCUUAGUUGCGUGGAUUUCUAGUUAUGGUUUAUGGAAUAAUUAUAAAAAGUGUUUGACUUGAUAUGUCACGUUAACUUAAACCAUCCACAUUAUUAAUUAAAGUAUUGAGUGAACCAGUCCAGAAUUCUGACAUGUCUUAACUUUUCCCCCUUGUUUGAUUUCCCUAAUCAAUGUCAAUUUAAAUUAGAGAAUUUCCUGUACUUCCUGCAAAUUCUAAAUAAAAGUGUUUAUUGAA